AUGAACUCACUACGAUUUACUUUUCGACGAGACCUUCAUCAAAUUCGUCAAUUCCAUAAAUGCCUUGUCCAACAAACAGAGGCAGCUGCAACUGUUAAUGUUGCUGAUUCAUCAGUUUCUCCUUCAGUUGCACCUAGCAAUGAACCAGAAGUUAGUUCUAAGAUUGACCAAAUUGCCAAGCAAAUUGUUUCUUUAAAUCUUGUGGAAGUCGCACAGCUGAGCGACUUGUUGAAAAAACGAUUAAAUUUACCGGAUGCACCUGUAAUGCCCAUGGGUGGGUUUGUUGCUGCUGGUGCACAGUCUGAGGAAGAAGCACAACCACAAAUAGUACAAACUUCAUUUGCAGUCAAGUUAACAGGUUUCGAUGAGAAAAAGAAAGUUAGCAUAAUAAAAGAAAUAAAGAAUAUAUUGCCAGACUGCAAUCUUGUACAGGCCAAGAAAUUUGUUGAAAGUGCACCAGCAGUAGUUCAAGGAGAUAUUUCAAAGGAGGAAGCAGAAAAGUUGAAAGAGGUGCUUACAAAUGCAGGUGGUACUGUGGAAAUUGUUUAAUCACAAAAAUUAGCUUAUACAAAUAUUCAUUUAAGAGAUCACAGCUCUGGUAGUAUUUUUUAAUAACUUCUAAAAUGGUUAAGACCAACAUAAAAGGAAAUGUCAUAUUUUGUAUUAUGAUAGAACUGUCUUUUCCAUUAGCAUACACUUUACAAAUCAGGAAGGAGUUAUUAGACGCAUUUUAUACAUCUCUAUCUUUUUGUGAAUUAUCACAUUACUUUCUGUAUUAUUCUAGCAACAUUCAAUCUACUGAAAAACGUAUACAAUUAAGUUAAUUCAUAGAUAUUUGUACAUAAAAUAUCAUGCUUGAAAUUGUAUUAAACCCAAAAACUAAUAAAGUGAAAUCCUUAAUAA